UCUGAGGAGCCCUGAGCCAAUCAGCGUCUCGUCUGUGAAGGAGCCGGGAGCGAAAGCGAGGAAUGAGCGGCGGCUGAACUCCCGUCACAAACACAGUUUGAGGAUCAACCAGCGGGUUUUGGCGCUUGGGAGAAAUCGGAGACACCAGCGUGCUUGCCCUGGUGGGGGAUUGAACCUCAGUUUACAGUGUACAAGGCAGAGGUGUUAACCACUACACUGUCCAACCACAUCCCAGGUGCUGCAAAUGGAUACCGAGGGCUUUGGGGAGCUCCUGCAGCAAGCAGAGCAGCUGGCAGCAGAGACGGAGGCAGUGUCCGAGCUGCCCCACGUGGAACGGAACCUGCAGGAGCUUCAGCAGGCCGGAGAGAGGCUGCGCUCCCGCACUCUUACACGUACCUCUCAAGAAACAGCUGACGUCAAAGCCUCUAUUUUACUGGGCUCCAGAGGUCUGGACAUCUUUCACAUCUCACAGCGCCUGGAGAGUCUCAGUGCCGCCACAACCUUUGAACCGCUGGAACCAGUGAAGGAUGCAGAUAUCCAGGGCUUUCUGAAGAAUGAGAGAGACAAUGCACUCCUGUCCGCCAUCGAGGAGUCUCGACGCAGGACGUUCCUGCUGGCAGAAGAGUACCACCGUGAAUCUAUGUUGGUGCAGUGGGAGCAGGUGAAGCAGAGAGUGCUGCACACCCUGCUGGGAGCAGGAGAGGAUGCACUGGACUUCAGCCAGGAUGUGGAGCCAAGUUUUGUAAGUGACAUGGGGGCUCCUGGGCGCAGCGCUCUGGACAGUGUGGAGGUGGCCUAUGGCAGACAGAUCUACAUCUUCAACGAAAAGAUGGUAAACGGACACGUUCAGCCUAGUCUGGGGGACUUAUGUGCGUCAGUGGCCGACAGCCUGGAUGAUAAGAAUGUGUCCGACAUGUGGCUGAUGGUGAAGCAGAUGACCGAUGUGCUGCUGGUGCCAGCCAAAGACACACUGAAAAGUCGCGUUGCUGUGGAGAUGCAGAUGGCCUUUGUCCGAAAAGCCUUGACUUUCCUGGAGAACAGCUAUAAGAACUACACUAUGGUGACUGUGUUUGGGAACCUGCACCAGGCUCAGCUGGGCGGAGUGCCUGGCACUUAUCAGCUAGUGCACAGCUUCCUCAACAUCAAACUGCCCGGCCCACUGCCAGGCAUGCAGGAUGGCGAGGUGGAGGGUCACCCAGUGUGGGCUCUGAUCUAUUACUGCCUGCGAUGUGGAGACCUGUCUGCAGCCAUGCAGGUGGUGAACCGGGCCCAGCACCAGCUGGGAGACUUCAAGACCUGGUUCCAGGAGUACAUGAACAGCCCCGACCGCCGUCUGUCUCCAGCUACAGAGAAUAAACUACGGCUGCAUUACCGGCGUGUGCUGCGCAACAGUGCUGAUCCCUACAAGCGCGCUGUUUUUUGCCUCAUCGGCAAAUGUGACAUUGCUGACAACCACGGAGAAGUGGCUGACAAGACGGAGGACUACUUGUGGCUCAAGCUCAACCAGGUGUGUUUUGAUGAUGAUGGCAGCAGUGCUCCACAGGAUAGGCUCACUCUGGCCCAGCUACAGAAACAACUCCUAGAGGACUAUGGCGAGUCUCAUUUCUCGGCCAGCCAGCAGCCCUUCCUGUACUUCCAGGUACUGUUCCUGACUGCGCAGUUUGAAGCGGCCGUGGCGUUCCUCUUCCGUGUAGAGCGCCUGCGCAGUCACGCCGUGCACGUGGCCCUCGUGCUCUAUGAGCUCAAACUGCUGCUCAAGUCAUCAGGACAGAGUGCUCAGCUACUGAGUCAGGAACCAGGAGAUCCUCCUAUGGUGCGACGGCUUAACUUUAUCCGCCUCCUCAUGCUCUACACGCGGAAAUUUGAGGCGACAGACCCCCGAGAGGCCUUGCAGUACUUUUACUUCCUGCGGAACGAGAAAGACAACCAAGGAGAGAAUAUGUUCAUGCGCUGCGUCAGUGAGCUGGUCAUCGAAAGUCGUGAGUUUGACAUGCUUCUGGGAAGACUGGAAAAAGAUGGAAGCAGAAAGCCUGGUGUGAUUGACAAGUUUGCCGGAGACACGCGGGCCAUCAUCACCAAAGUGGCCUCAGAGGCAGAGAACAAGGGCCUGUUUGAGGAAGCUGUCAAACUGUAUGAGCUAGCCAAGAACCCUGAUAAGGUGCUAGAAUUGAUGAACAGGUUGCUGAGUCCAGUCAUUGCCCAGGUCAGUGCACCACAGUCCAACAAAGAGCGACUCAAGAACAUGGCGCUGGGCAUUGCUGAACGGUACCGUACUAAUGGUAUAGCUGGAGAGAAGUCUGUGGACAGUACAUUCUAUCUGCUCUUGGACCUCAUGACAUUUUUUGAUGAGUACCACGCCGGCCACAUUGAUCUUGCAUACGAUGUGAUUGAGAGACUGAAGUUGGUUCCUUUGAGCCAAGACAGUGUAGAAGAGAGAGUGGCAGCAUUCAGAAACUUCAGUGAUGAGGUUAGACAUAAUUUGUCGGAGGUGCUUCUUGCCACCAUGAACAUUUUGUUCACACAGUACAAGCGCCUGAAAGGGGUGCCAGCAGGUACGCCAGGCAGACAGCAGCGUCCGUUGGAGGACCGGGACUCGCUACUGCGCAGCCAGGCCCGGGCACUGAUCACCUUUGCUGGGAUGAUCCCAUACCGCAUGGCAGGAGACACUAACGCCAGGCUGGUCCAGAUGGAGGUCCUGAUGAACUGAGCGAGAGAGAAAGAGAGACUGCACCCUCAGGCUUCUUCUUUCUCUUUCACAUCUCCAACUCUCUCCCCAUGUCCCAUCAGCCUUUUUUGUUUCUCCAUGCUCCACUCCCCUUUUGUGUGACUUAUAUUUGUAUUUUUUUCAUAAUUUUGAAAUAAUAAAAAAAUCCAAUUUCAGUUCACCAUAUGUUUCUGUUUUAUUUUUGUUCUCACCACAACCCCGUGUUUUUUUUUCAUUGCCUUUUUGGUUAUGUUAAGACUAUUUUGAAUCUUUUUUUGAGUCAUUUCAUUGUUUUCAUUGAGUGAAAUAGUUGUUGGUCUUAUUCAGUUGUCUUGCCUGUAUGGUUCAAUGUGGGGAGCAAUUGUCUGGCUACCCAGAAAUCACAUGACUGAAUUCUCCCACACAAGUUUCCACUUAAUAUUCUGAUGAUAUUUGAUGCUGAGACAGGCACGUGUCAAACCCAACUGUCAGAUCAUAGCAAAGCAGGUGGUUGACCACUAGUCGGUUGCAUAAAGGGCAUGGCCUCAUUGUGGCUUUUGAGUUCUUUGAGUUGCCAUGUUGUCUAAGAGAAAAACUGAAGUGUGCUCGGGAGUGCAUCGGAAAAAGCUGUUUAGGGGAUGACAUUGAUUCUCUGAGCAGAUGGUGAGCUAUGGAGAAAAUGCCCGUAGCGUACACAGAUGGACAUGUUGGCUUGGCCUCGCCUGGCUGCAUUGUCUCAGCCCUCUGUUCACACUCGGCUUUGCUCUGCAUUUUUAACGCUAGCAUCUGGAGCUGCUACACUUGCUUUACUGUUCACCACUUAUGCCAUGUUACAGUGCAGUAUUUAGUAACACAACUAAGCAUUAUAUAGUACAGACAGUACCAGCCACUGUUGCCUCCCAUGUAAGCAUUGAAGGUUCUUUGAAGAUUUUUCAAAUAAGGCCUAAGUUAAGAAUGGCUGGCUGCAUCGUUCUCUGGUAAACUUUGUCUGUCUCUGGUAAACAAUCAGAUGUCCACAUAAGAGUGUCAAGAUGCCAAUGAGUGGAUGAAAGGACCGGUACGUGAGGUGUGUGUGCUGCAGCUGGUGUUGUGAAUCAGGCCGAUGCCACACGUCCGCGAUAACCCGGCUAUUUCACAACACCAGGGUGGCCCCACACCACUACCAACGGCACCGUGAUGAAGAACUACCUCAGAUGUCCUUCAUUCCCAUAUGGACUCGAGUUGACUGUAUCUUUUUAUAAAAUACAUUGAAUUUGGAAUAAAACCUUUCAAAAUGUGAA